AUGGGCCUUUGCUACCUGUGCGGCUUCCUCGUCUCGGCCACGCAGCACCGGGCCUUGUGGGGCUCCCUCGGCCUCAGCCCGAUCGCGAGGGACCCGCACGGCCGCCCGACACCGGCGUUCGCGCUACUGGAGGGCUUAGGCUUGGGCUAUGGGGAUUGGCAGCUCGAGCUGGUCAGCUGGCUCGGCACAGCAUUGGCGCUGCAGAUGUUGCUGGGGAGGUUUCGCAGCUUCGUCAUCCCCGCCGCGCUGUGGUGCCUGUACCUGUCCAUCGUGAACCUGCAGGCGCCGUUUACGUUCAGCUACGGCUGGGAGUGGCUCACCUGCGAGGUGGGAUUCCUGCUCAUCUUCAUGUGCCCCUGCUGUGCGCGCGGCCUCGCCAGCUGGACGCCCCCGCCACGGCUGGUGCUUUGGCUGGUCCGGUGGUGUGCCUUCCGGCUGCUUCUCGGCGCUGGCUUGUCAAAGGUGGGCAGGAAUUCGAGCGCCUGCUGGCGGCAGCUCACGUGCACGACAACACACUACUACACGCAGCCGAUUCCCAACCCUCUGUCAUGGUAUAUGCACCACCUCCCAGAGGACUUUCACAAGGUCGAGGUGGCAAUGACGUUCUUCGAGCAAUUGGUGCUGCCCUUCUUCAUGCUGGUGCCCGCACGGGCAUGCCGUCUGUUUGCAGCCUCCCUGGAGAUAGGAUUCCAGCUCAUGAUCGUGGGCACGGGGAACUACGCUUGGAUAAAUUUUAUCGGCGCGCUGCCUUGUAUCGCUUUGCUAGACGAUGCCGCGCUGAGCUGGGCAUGCCCUAGACGUAGCAGGGCCACUGUUUCGGCGGCGGCAUCAGCCGCGCUUCUGCAGGAGCUGGCGCCGGGAAAGCGGCUCUUGGUGCGGUGCUACCGUGGCCUUCGGCAGGUGACCUACGUGGCGCUCGUGUUGUUCAUGGCAUUCAAGUCGAAGGAUCCGCUGAAGGAGCUGUUCGGUCCCGCGCCAUGGAUCAACAAUUACGAUGGCUGGUGGGAUUUCUGA